CGUUUUGAUCCUCGCAACGGUUUCAGAAAUUUGGGCCCAGGAAGUAAUUAAUAGUAAUAUAUAAAAUAAAUAGUAAUAUACAAAUAAAAUCCUUCCUUAGUAUUUCUUCCCUUUUUCCCUACGUUCAGUUUCUCUUUGACUGAUUGAUAACCGUAAUUCUUUGCUGGUGGUCCAAUUACGAGUACUGUUUAUAGUUGUAGCAAUCAUGUAUUAUUAGCAGUUUGAAGAGAACUAUCAGAACCAAGUCGCUAUUUUUCAAUUGCGGCUCAACGUAAACUUCAUAAAAGUGCAUUAAUACAGCUGGUCAUUUACAUCCAUAGCACAGAAGGUGUCUUUUGCGAGGUACAUGUAGUAUUUACUAGUACUCAAAGGGGCGCAUGUGCAGUAAGGCGUACUGUGUCCACAGCUAAGGGUAUCUCCGUGACCUACAUGUACGUACAAAUAGCGUAUCAGAGGUAAAGGAUCAGCUCACUCUGUUAGGACAUUUUACAUAGCGUAUCAGAAGUAGAGGAUCGACAUGGCUGACACACUUGAUUUAGUUGGAGAAUUGUUUUCAUACCUCACUCUCCGAUCUGUACUCAUCUUCGUGACAGUAUUCCUCGGCACUUAUAUUUCAACCCAUGGGCGCCGAGAGAAGAGGCGGAACCUGCCCCCUGGGCCAUGGGGGCUGCCAGUCCUCGGGUGUCUCCCGUUCCUGGGGUCAAAGGCACACGUAGUGUUAACAAACUGGUCCAAGAAGUACGGAGAUGUGUUUCUGGUCAAUUUUGGCAUGGUCCCAGUAGUGGUUUUAAACGGGUUUGACACAAUUAGGGACGCUCUCGUGAAGCAGGGGGCAGAGUUUGCUGGCAGGCCGGAUCUGUUUACCUUUCGAACGCCGCCUCACAUCCCCCUUACGUACAAAGGCAUCUUAAUAGAAACGUACUCACAGCAACUUAUAGAAAGACGCCGGUUUUCUCUGCGCGUUCUACGAGACCUUGGCGUUGGCAAAGUGAAUCUCGAGAGCACAAUAAUCAACGCGGAGCUGAAGGAGUUGCACGAGGCCCUGGCAUUGACCAAUGGGACCCCCACGGAUGUUUUCCCGAUGUUACGCGAUGCAAUAGCCAACGUCACAUUCGGCAUAACAUUUGGAUCCCGCUUUCAACAUAACGAUCCAGAGUUUAGGGGUAUUCUGGACACCGUAAACCAAAACUUUGAACUAAAUCAAAAGUUGGCUUUGAACAACUUUGUACCAUUUUUACAAAAUUUUCCAUCACCUUCCCUGAGACAGUACCAACGAAAUCAAGAGUAUUUGGUGGGGUUACUUUUGAAAUGGAAUGCAGAACAGAAACAAAAAUAUAACCCCAAGGAGACCAAGUCAUUCGUGGAUGCAUACAGACAUGAAGUGGUGAAACAUGAGGCGAGAUCUGAGGAAACAGCGGGUGGCGGAGUGAAGAUGGUCGGACCCCCUACUAACCCAGAGACCAUCUUUACUGAGAACCAGAUCACCUCAGUUACUAUUGACUUGUUCUUUGCAGGUGGCGAGACAGUCACCACUACCCUGAGAUGGGGGUUGUUGUACAUGGCGCUAUACCCAGAUGUACAGCGGAAAGUACAGCAGGAAAUACGCUCUGUUCUUGGCGAGGACGAACAGCCGAGCAUCACCCACAAAACCUCUCUGCCCUAUACGGAGGCAACCAUCAUGGAAAUACAGCGCUUGAACUACAUAGUACCCCUAGGGGUGCCCCACUGUACGACGUCAGACGUCAGUUUCCAUGGUUACUCCAUUCCUCGUGACACCAUGGUGAUCGUUAACAUGUGGUCCGUCAUGAUGGAUCCCAGUCGCUGGCCAGAGCCUGAGAUAUUUGACCCUCGGAGACAUAUAGACCAGAAUGGAAGGAUUGUCAAAAAAGAUGAUUUCAUUCCCUUUUCAAUGGGGAAGCGUACGUGUCUGGGGGAGCAGUUAGGAAAGAUGGAAUUGUUCCUGUUCUUUACCUCCCUUAUGCAAAGAUUUAGUUUUCAUCUACCAGAAAAUACCCCCCCUCCAAAACUGGAGGGCAAGUUGGGGUCCACGUACGUCCCCCCGGAUUACGAGCUCUGUGUCACCCUGUUGCCCUCUACCGGGUAAUUGUCUGCGCCUGUGGGCUCUCAUGGUGUCUGCGACUGCUGCCCUCUACCGGGUAAUUGUCUGCUGCUGUAGACUCUCAUGGUGUCUGCAACUGCUGCCUCUAACGGGAAAUUGUCUGCGCCUGUAGACUCUCAUAGUGUCUGCGACUGCUGCCAUCUACCGGGAAAUUAUCUGUGUGCUCUCUUGGUAUCUGUGCAUCUUUCAACAAUGACACAUCGGUUAUUUUUCUGUUAUAAUAAAAUCCACGACCACUAUAUAUAUAUCAUUUUAACGUGUUGCGUUUUCAUUAAUAUCUGUUUUUAUAUCUAUAUUUGGCUGCGGUCACUUGUUGGCUGGGUUUAAUAUCACAGUGUGACCCACAGUGUUUUAUAUCUAUAUUUGACUGCGGUCACUUGUUGGCUGGGUUUUAUAUCACAGUGUGACCCUCAGUGUUUCAUUAAACAAACACAAUCCUUUGCCUCAUUAAU